CGAGCGAACGAUGGGGUAAGCGCUCGUGGGAAGCCAAAUUGGACUUGGAAGUGCUCUCCGUUCGAUACCGACAAGGAGGAAAAGGAGGAGAAGUGAGGAAGCGAUUUUCUGGGGCGGUUGUCGAGGUGGAACCCUAUGGCCGCCGCGGCGCUCUCCUCUCCUUCCUUCUUCGCCUCUGCUCCCGGUCCAAAGAUUACGAGAAGCAUCCCGCCCUCCACCGCCUCAGCUUUCGUAUCUAACCCCAUCUCCGGGUCCGGUUCUGCUUCCGUUCGUUAUAGUCGUGGAUAUUUUUCUAGGAGGUUGCAUCAGGUAAAGGCCACGACUUUGCAAGAGAAAGAUGAAAAGGUGACCGUGGAGGAGGCUUUCCCUGUGAAGACGGGAGCUGCUGGUACCAGUUCGUCAACCGGUGAAGCUUCUGUUGUGGCACCAUGGAAUGUUAAGCUUGAGCAGACCAUUAAUAUUUUUCUAACCGAUACAACAAUCAGGAUACUUGAUACAUUUUACCAUGAUCGUCACUAUGCACGAUUCUUUGUCUUGGAAACCAUAGCUAGAGUCCCCUACUUCGCUUUUAUAUCUGUAUUGCACAUGUAUGAGAGCUUUGGUUGGUGGAGAAGAUCUGAUUAUCUGAAAGUACAUUUUGCUCAAAGCUGGAAUGAGUUUCACCAUCUACUUAUCAUGGAGGAACUAGGGGGUAAUGCUUUCUGGUUAGAUCGUCUUCUUGCUCAGUUUGUUGCAUUCUUUUACUACUUCAUGACAGUUGGAAUGUACAUCAUGAGCCCCAGAAUGGCAUACCAUUUUUCAGAAUGUGUUGAGCGACAUGCAUACUCCACUUAUGACAAGUUUAUAAAGCUCCAUGAAGAAGAGUUAAAGAAGUUCCCUGCCCCAGAGGCAGCUAUCAAUUACUACAUGAAUGAGGAUUUGUACUUGUUUGACGAAUUCCAAACUGCUAGAACUCCUAAAUCUAGGAGGCCGAGGAUAGAAAAUCUUUAUGAUGUUUUCAUGAACAUUCGUGACGAUGAGGCCGAGCAUUGCAAAACGAUGGCAACCUGCCAAACCCAUGGAAAUCUGCGCUCCCCUCACUCGGAUCCGAAACCUAUGGAGGAUGCUUCUGAAUGCACGGUCUCGGAGGAAGCCGGCUGUGAAGGUAUCGUGGAUUGUGUUACGAAGUCCUUGACAUCAAGGAGACCAUAAAAAUUUUGAUGUGUAUAGGUUUAAUAUAGUAAAAUAUGGUGUUAAAUGAAGCCAUCUGCUGUUCUCCAUGGAUGUCUUAACUUGUGUAAAGCAUAAUGAAAACAAGCGAUGCAGCUCAGCUUUCUUCACAUGCAGUCUAUAAUUUGUAUUUGGCCAAUGAACUUUUAGUACAAACCAGGAUGUAAUAAUGCCUUUGGGUACUUUGGGCUUAUGCCUAUUCACAAGUAUGAUCUGAUUCUGAUUCUAUUGCAUAAAGCUAUGUUUGAGAA